UUGUUGCAUGGGCAAACUACAGUGAAACUGUUCCUUUCAUGACUUCACAAAUCUAAAGGACAUGAUGUGAUAACAAAGAAAAGGGAAACUAAGGAGAUUACAGAACGUGGUACCCAACAGAUAAAGAGGGCCAGUGUCACGGAACUCUCGUGGGUAAGGCAGAGUUGAGGACGUAUUAUUUUAUAUGUCAGUGAUGUUUCUCAUCUCUUUUGAGUGACCAUUCAAAGCCUGUUUUAUUUUACACUUAACUUUCUAAAUGGACAAUUUACAGAAAGAGUCAUGUGCCAAGGCUUUCAGGCCAUAAAUGUAGUUAUCAGUGAAACUGACUGCGACAUGAAUGAGCAUGUUCAGCUCAUGGAAAUGUUUUGAAUGAUCUGAAGCUUUAUCUGCCACAAAAUGAGGUCUUUAUGUAUUUCACUCUUUAUGGGUUUACAAUUUUGGUUAUUUAUUAACUAUGGGUCUAUAUUUUAGUGGGCAGGGUAGCUUUUAUUUUCAAGCAGAUAAAACCUGAGAACACAGAUAAAAAGUGGAGAAGUGGAGAAGUGUUGGCAACUGACACAUCUUCUACAAAUCCAGAGCUUGUGUCUGCAAACCUCUCAAAAUGAACCCGAUUUCUUCUCAGCCCGGCUUUGCGUCAUCCAGACCUCCACCCAGUGACUUUCAGACUGGAGUUUUUGACUGCUGUUCUGAAUGUGGGACCUGUUGCUACGGCAUCUGCUGUUUUCCUUGUAUGGCCUGUUCUAAUGCUGCUGCCAUGAAUGAAUGUUGCCUCUGUGGUUGUUCAUUUGCUCUUCGUGGUGUCUACAGGACGAGAUACAACAUCAAGGGAUCCCUUAUGAAAGAUUUUCUAUGUGUGCAUUUCUGCAUGUUAUGCACUGUCUGCCAGCUUGCACGGGAUAUUGAGAAAAGGAAAGAACAGGGCAUCUUCUAAUGAAGCUAAAGAAGUCUGC